UAACCAGGUCCUCCUGCCUUGAUGGAGUACCCAUCCGAGCCCAAUGUGACAGCGAUCACUGACUACUACUAUCCCGAUAGCUUGUCAAGCCCUUGUGACGGGGAACUUAUCCAGAGAGGCAGCAACUCUCUUCUUGCCAUCAUUUACUGCCUCCUGUUUGUGUUCAGCCUGCUGGGAAACAGCCUGGUCAUCCUGGUUCUGGUCACCUGCAAGAAGCUGAGGAGCAUUACGGACGUGUACCUCUUGAACCUGGCCCUGUCGGACCUCCUGUUUGUCUUCUCCUUCCCCUUUCUGACCCACGAUAACCUGGACCAGUGGGUAUUUGGAAUUAUCCUAUGCAAGAUGGUCUCCGGGAUUUAUUACGUUGGCUUCUUUAGCAGCAUGUUCUUCAUCACCCUCAUGAGUGUGGACAGGUACCUGGCGAUUGUCCAUGCCGUGUACGCCCUGAAGGUGAGGACUGCCAGGGUGGGCGCAGUCCUGAGCCUCGUGGUGUGGCUGAUGGCCAUCGCGGCCACCAGCCCGCUGCUGGUGUUUUAUCAGGUAGCCUCUGAGGACGGCAUUCUACAGUGCCUUUUGUCUUACGAUCAGCAGACAUUGAAAUGGAAGCUCUUCACCUACUUUGAAAUUAAUAUCUUAGGUCUGGUGAUCCCCUUCACCAUCCUUAUCUUCUGCUACGUCAGCAUCCUGCACCAGCUGAGGAGCAGCCAAAACCGCAACCGGACCAAGGCCAUCCGGCUGGUGCUCCUCGUGGUGGUGGCCUCGUUCCUCUUCUGGAUCCCCUUCAACGUGGUCCUCUUUCUCACGUCCCUGCACAACCUGCACGUCUUGGAUGGCUGUGUCAUGAGCCAGCGGCUGAUUUAUGCCACCCACGUCACAGAAACCAUUUCGUUCGUUCACUGCUGUGUGAACCCUGUCAUCUAUGCCUUCAUGGGCGAGAAGUUUAAGAAACACCUGUCAGAAAUCAGUCACAAAGCCUGCGGCCACAUCUCCCUCUGGCUAGGGAAGGGCUUCCCCAAGGAGCAUUGGGAAAGGUCCUCGUCCUUGCGCCAGCAGUCCUCCCAGUCCUCCAGCGUAGACUACAUCCUGUGA